GUAGACCACGUGAUGGCUCAUUCAGAACAGUGACUGCCCGACCUCAGUAGGCUGCUUCAGGAGGGCCUCAGCUAAGCUGCUGCCCGCAGCCCAGUCUCGGAGCACCAUGGGGCCCAGGGCUGAGCUGUGCCUUUCCCUGGGUGCACUUUCAUUCUUCCUGCUGCUGACGUCAGGCCAGGGGGCCAAAGGAGGAUCUUUCAAAGAAAGUUUGGGAGUGUGCUCCAAGCAGACACUGCUGGUUCCGCUCCGUUACAACGAGUCCUACAGUCAACCGGUGUACAAGCCUUACCUGACCCUGUGUGCUGGGCGGCGUGUGUGCAGCACGUACAGGACCACUUACCGUGUGGCCUGGCGGGAGGUGAGGCGGGAGGUACAGCAGACACAUGUGGUAUGCUGCCAAGGCUGGAAGAAGCCACACCCAGGAGCUCUCACCUGCGAAGCCAUCUGCUCCAAGCCUUGUCUUAAUGGAGGUGUCUGCACUGGACCAGACCGGUGCGAGUGUGCCCCAGGCUGGGGAGGGAAGCACUGCCACGUGGAUGUGGAUGAAUGCAGGGCCAGCCUUACUGUCUGCUCUCAUGACUGUCUCAACACCCUGGGCAGCUUCGCUUGCAGCUGCCCACACCCCCUGGUGCUGGGUCCUGACGGACGCGCCUGCGCAGAGGGGCCUCUGGAGUCCUCCACACGUGCCAGCAUCCUCAGCGUGGCGGUUCGGGAAGUAGAAGGCGAGGAGCGAGCCUUGAGGUGGGAGGUGGCAGAGCUCCGCGGGCGCCUGGAACGACUGGAGCAGUGGGCCACGCAGGCCGGAGCCUGGGUCCGAGCAGUGUUGCCCAUGUCACCUGAAGAGCUGCGGCCCGAACAGGUGGCUGAGCUGUGGGGCCGGGGUGACAGGAUCGAGUCCCUCAGUGACCAGGUGCUGCUACUCGAGGAAAGGCUGGGUGCCUGUGCCUGUGAGGACAACAGCCUGGGUCCAGGGCUCCGUGCCUAACCAGGUCCUGCGACACCCAGGAUCCCUAACUCCUACCUAAAUCGCACCUACUAAUCUGGGACCAGCAGACCCAGGGAUUGACCACGUGGGAGCAACAGGCCACAGAACGCCCCCAGAUCUCUCUUUCUUUUUAUUCUCAGUUGCUUGCUUGUUAUCCAGAUAAUAAAAACCAACACACAAAACUGGACCCCACUGGUUCCUUCUGCCCCAGCCUACCUCCCGGCUCUGAGGAACGGGUCUAGGGUGGGAGGCAGGGACUGGCCAAUGCCC